AUUCCCCGGAACUAACCGAAAUAGCUCGAUAUUAUAAAGCACUCAUUGAGUAACGGGAAUAUUUGGUCGCUCAAUAGCUUAUAACUAGAAAGGUGAUUUUACAAUAAAGCUUAUGACACCGCACGUCUGUUUACAAAAACUGCUCUGUGUAGAGUUCACAACGACAGCGACAAAUAUGCUCUCAGUCACAGUAAUAAAAUUAUAUUGCAUGGUGACAUGUUAGAUGUCUCGCUUUUUGUUGUAGCUACUAAUCUCUGUCGUAAACAAUUCUCAGCUCAAAGUGACAGCAAAUAAUGUUGGUUUAAUUUACCCCGCUUGUAUUGGAUUAACACGGAAUGGAUUAACGAGGAGCUCGUAAAAGAGCAUCAUGGAAUGGCCAGAGGAUUUUCCUGAAGACCAUGCUUUUGUGGAGCUGCUGGUUCCAGGAGUUUCCAGUGAUCUGGACUUUGAACAGUUUCUCAGAGACACAGAGGAGAAACUUAAUCUCAAUGCCAACAGCAUUGAACAACGGCUAAAGGAGCUCCAGGCUACAAUGGGGGACUGCAGAGGGGGAAACCGUCCACCGAGCCCUACAGAGUGUCUGCAGUGGUUCAACAUAAGAGCACAAAACAAUGUCAAGCCUGUUACCACAGGAUAUCAAGAGCUCAUGGAUUUCUUCAGAGCUCUGCAACAGUAUCUGAGAUCAGAAGAAGAAGGGAAAGAAGAGGUGACACUUCAGCUGCUUGUGAAUCUGUCUGCCCAGUGUGGUGUCUGCUUUCCUUGUACCCCGUCCUCUUCCUCCUGUUCGUCUUCUCUUCAUCAUCAAAUGGCUGGCUGCUCCGUCCACAUGGUACAUUUAAUCAAAGAUGACACAUCAAUAGAGAUCCAGGAGGCUUGGGAUUCUGUGCGUCUCCAGUUGCGACGCUACCUGAUGGAUCGGCUUUUGGGUCGUAGUUCAGAGCAUUCUGGAUCUAUACAUAUUUCCACCCUGGCUAUCCAUGAACGGGUCCACUGUCUUCAGCAAUUAUUCUUUCUCUAUCCUGACUGUGAGGUUCUCACUCAUUACCAGGGCCUUAAACGCCAAUGCGUGGUGGAUAUUCUGCAAUCAAGCCUCAACUUCAGCCCAGGUAGUGAGACUGGCUUUGACAAAUUGGCAACGGGUUUCUCCAAUGUGGUCCCACAUCUGACCCAGAUCCUCACUGAGGAUCUCCAGGUCCUUUCAAGACUCACAGAACCCCAAAUAAUACUUGGUUUUGUCAAUGUGGGCUAUCUCAACACUGUGGUGCAAGAACUGACCUCCCAGAUGGAGAAGGAGUGUGAGACAGCCCAGAGGGACAAUACUGCCCUUAGCAGCAAGAUAAAAAAAUAUUCAGCUAAAUCCAGAGCAACUGUAGCACCAAUGGAGCUUCCCAUUAAAAGUAGGAGCUUCAGUUUGACCUCCCACCAGUUGAGGGCCUUAACCCAGCUGGCUUGCACCCUGCUGAGGUUUGAAAGCGAAGUGAGGGAGCUUGUCACCAACAUGACCUUCGUUAACUGUACAGAAGAUGCUCCAAGUAUAAAAGGUAUCUUGAAAAAGAGUAGAGAGGAUUCAAGUAUGAGAACAGAUGGCAAGAAACAAACCGCAGACAAACCUCACACUCCCGAGGCACAGACUUUGGAUUUUAACUGGAGGUCAGCGUUUAGGGGACUGGCCCCUCACAUGGAGCACUGUGUCAAAGUGGUACUGGAUGAUGUUUGUGCUAAGAAUCUACAGCAAGAAGAGGUCUUGCAUUCUUCUGGAAACACAUCUGUCACCCUUAUCCUCGUCACUGGACAGUCCACCACUAACGCACAUCUUAAAGAAGACUGCUUUUAUGGCUACUCAGAGAGAGACAUUCCCAAAAUGAUAGCCAAGUUCUGUGGAGCAAUCUUGACUGAAAUCGAUGCCUUACUACCCCUGGCAGCAGCCUGCAGGGACAGUUCUCUCCUGGGGGUGCGAUCCAGCUUUGUGGAGGCAUGUGGCAGAGCAGCAUUUGCCAUGUUGGGGCGUUUGCAGGAUAGGGCCCUGGAGGUACCCUCCUCAGCACCCCUGAAAAACCUGCCUGCUCUGUUGGCAACAUGCAUUUAUGUGCACCAGCGUCUAGAGCAUUACAGUGCGAGGCUGAAGGAUUCAAAUACUGCCGCAUCUAAAAUACCUCUGACUCUACUACCUAUCCAGAAGUACAGAGAGACAGUGGAGGCCUUGAGAGAACAGCUUACCAGCUACUGCACCCAGGUUUGUUUCACCUGUAUUCUUCAGGAUGCGGAGAGCCACGACUGGGCUGACCCAAAACCAUUCUAUGAGGGCGAGCGGUGUUCCUUCUCACUGCAGAUGUGGUUCUACUUCCUGUGUGGGCUUCGCAGCGACCUGUGGGCAGUUCUUCCAACAGAGUUGGCCAAAGAUGUGCUUGGACAGGUGUUGUCAGAGACUUUACAGCUACUGGUGCAAAGAUAUGCCAAGGUCCGCGCUUCAUACAAAAGACAUCUGCAGAUCAGAUGUGACAUCACGGCAGUGUUGCUGUAUGUGGAGCAUCUCAUGUGGAGUGUGUGUGAGAGCCCUGAGGCUUUGGUCCUGAUCAGCCCUUCUUCAGAAAUGACCAUAAUUGUUGGUGGUUCUGACUGGCCAUACCAAAUCCACAGCCUAUGUGACCAACUCCUGAUGGUCCUCAUCAUUGUCACAGCACCCUUGUCUUUGCUUUAUAGGACAUUUAUGAUUAAUGGUUCAAAGGAGUCUACAUCACAACCCAACUGCCCUGUUGUACGCUGGCUAAAUGCUAUCCACCCUGACCUCUUCACAGAGCAGGCCAUACGCGAUGGCCUUAUGGGCAAGCCAGCCUUGGGAUGUCAGCUGAGGCUACUGACCUCUGACCCAGGAUGCAGUCCCAAGUUGCUGCUGCGAACACUUCUGUAUGAAGACUGUCACCUGCCCAGAAUUCUCCUGGAAAAUUCUUAUUUGUGCCAAGGGAGAGGCUCUGAAAUAACCCCAGUGAAUUGCAAGGCAGGAGAUGACUUCAUAGUUGCUUUGUUCAACGUUCUCUCUUCUCUGAAUAAUAUCCCCAAGGCCUUGACUCAGGCCUUUCAGCCAUACCUGGAAAGAGCACACAUAUGGGAACAUCUCUACACACUGGCAGACACGGUGCGGACAGUACCUGUGAUGGUCACCUGUGUCCGGGCAAUUGUGACCAAGUCAACCAACAGCAUUUUAGUUCACCUGGCGUCCAUGGUUUUAGGUUGGCAGUCCACAGAGGAGUCUAGAGGGGUUCUGUUAAGACGACAUGUGCCAGAGAGUGUCCUGGCGAAAAUACCUAAAGACUGGAACUAUACAACGCUUGAUGCACAGGGAAAAGACACUGCCACAAAAACUGCCACAUCUUUAGCAAUUCAAGCAUUAUCCUUCAUUUUCACCAACCUGCCUUUGGCUGUAGCAUCCUUGCCUCUUUCCAUCCGCUUCCUUUUUCAAGUGGCAGAAAAGCACCUCUCCCAGCAUUCCCGGCAGCUGCGCUCAGUGGGCCUAUUGCUUUGGGCCCUGCUGGGCUGCUUGAUUCAGGGCCUGGAGGACACAGACACACUAGAACAGAUCAGUGGUCUGGCUCUGGACCGUGGGGCAAAGGACCGCCUGUCCCUGCUGGCAGAGUGCCUACGGGCAGCCAUGAGCAUUCAACAAAAGGGCGUUCCGAAACUCACAGUGCACAAAGUGCUUCAGGCUCUGGAGGAAAAAAGACCCAAGUGGAUAAAUAUGCAGCUGCAGAAGGCCCGCAAACUCUGCACAGACAGUGUGUUUGAGCAAGGAGCAGAGAGAAGAGUUGCUGCAGCUGAACUGACUGAGCAGAAAAUAGGCCUGAUGCUGCUGGAGGUCUGCCACAAAGCAGGUGGCAGCAACUACCUGAGGCAGAUCUAUCACAUCAUCCAAGGCAAUGAGGAGCUGUUGAUGUCUAAACUGAAUGGGGGCUCAGACUUUCCAGAUGACACUCCACUCUUAGUGAGCUUUGAUGUUGGCCCAGAGUGUCCUGCUGGCAUCACCCGCUUCAACCCUCUUCUUCAGUUUGACCACAUUGGCAAAAAGAAGUUGCAUCAGAGGUUGCUGCCUUUUCCGAGCAGGGGGCUUGCCUUGCAGGAAGAAAAGAAUGCUGAAAAGACUGCAGUGGUUGACUGGGCAUGGGACUGGUCGAGACUGCUGCCAGCUUAUGAGGGCAUGAGUCAGAUCACCUUCAAAAGUCUGCUGGCCAACAGGUGGGAUUUGCAGGAGGAUGCUGUGCUUGAAGAUGGAGAGAAAGCAAUGGUAGAAGAGCUUCAGAAAGCUUUUUUGGUUUGUUGCUGCUGUGCGGGACCACAGGACCCCCCUGGAACUGAUGAGACACCAGCAAAGCAGCCCCAGGGGGAAACACAACCAACCGAUAAAAGUGCUGCCCAAUAACAGUCACACAGUUGGGAUUUUUAUCAUGUUGUAAAUGUUUUCCUGUAAUAUGCACUUGCAGCUUUUAAGGCAGCAGUUUGUGUAUGUGUGUGUGUGUGUGUGAGCAUGCAUUUGCACAUUUGUGGGUAUAAUUUUGUUUGUACAUGUACUGUAUGCUACAAAUUUGCAUAUGUGUGCAUAAAAAAGAAAAAAGAGGGAAAAAAAGAGUGUAAGAGCUGGUGCCUUCCUCUUUGUACACACCACAGACAAACUGUGCUGCAUUAGAUGCUUUUUUUAUAUUUUUUGGAGCACAUCUGCAGAAAUCAUUUCUGGGAAAUAGAGAGCCUGGGUUAGUUUGCCUGGGACAAGAUAGCUCUGCAUGAUCAGAAGCAGUUUAAGUUUUCUUUCUUUUUGAGACAGUAAGGGUAAACACAUUGAUGUCAACAUACUUCCUCUUGGUCGCUGAACGAAAGCAUCAAAUAUUAUGGUUUGGAAGAACCAUGAUACCUGUUCACAUGUGUUGUGUCCCAAAAAUCUGCCGCAUUCAAAAAAAUAUAACACAUUGUUUAGUAAAACCAAACAUUUUCGGGUAACAUGAAUGCUCUGUAUAUUUUUCCAAGUGUGUCCACAUUUGUUACUUGUAUAAUGUACUGCAGCAGGAAUGUUUCAGAACUAAGCAUGAGAAUAAAAAGCAUAUUCUCAGUUGUUGUUCCUUAUUCAUGUGGUCAGUAUUGUGUGGGAUCUUUGUGUAGCCAGUAAUUUAUGACUAUUCGUGCUCUCAAGCAACAACAGUACUUGAAAACAGGCUGAUCUAAAAUCGUACAUUUUUAAGUAAGGUCAUUGAAAAAGCUGCUUUUCAUCAGCUAAAUGACUUCUUAACAUAAAACUGCUAUAAUGUCUUCUAGUCAGCACAUCAGCACUGAGACUGCUCUGACCAAAGUGAUCACUGACAUAUGUCUGAAUACUGAUGAUGGAAAAAUCACAGUAAUAGUUUUACUCGACCAUAGUACUACAUUUGACACAGCUGACCACAAUAUAUUACUCAAAUGACUGGAGAACUGUGUGGGCCUCUCUUGUACUGUACUAAACUGGUUCAAAACAUAUUUAGAGACCAGAAGUACUUUGUGUCAAUAGGUUACUUUUUACAUCUGAGCAGGCAAGAAUUACAUGUGGAGUUCCUCAAGGUUCCAUCCUGGGGCAGAUGACGCAGAUGACAUGUAGAUUUAUAUUACAAAGUCACCAGGGGACAGAGAAACUAUACAGGCUCUUAGUAAAUGCAUUAAGAAGAUUAAUGACUGGAUGUGCCUGAACUUUCUUCAGUUAAAAACAAAACUGAGGUGAUUGUCUUUGGAGCCAAAGAGAAACUAUUAAAAGCCACCACAGAGCUUCAGUCUAUACACCUAAAAACCACCAACCAGGCCAGAAAUCUGGGUGUAAUAAUGGACCUAAAUUUUGAAAAACACAUUAAGAGAAUCACAAGUCAGCCUACUUUUACCUUAAGAAUAUAUCAAGGGUAAAAGAUCUGAUGUCUCAGCAAGACCUGGAAAAACUAGUCCAUUUCAUCUUUAGUCGGCUUGAUUGAUGUAACAGUUUUUACAGGUUCUACCUAAAAAAUCAAUUAGACACCUGCAGCUUAUUCAGAACUCUGCUGCUCAAGUCCUCACUAAGACCAAGAAAGUGGACCACGUCAGUCCAGCUCUGAGGUCUUUACACUCUGACUUUGCUCUGAGGUGUGACUCUCUU